AUGGCCAGCUUCGUGGAGUCGCUGAACCGGCUGAAGGACGCCCAUGAGAAGGAGCUCCUGGGCCUGCGGAGCAAGCUUGUGGAGCUGACCUCAGAGAGGAGCCGGGACACCCAGCGGGUGGAGGAGCUCUUUGCCAAGAACCAGCAGCUCCGGGAGCAGCAGAAGGCACUGAAGGAGAACGUGCGGGUCUUGGAGAACCGGCUGCGGGCUGGCCUAUGUGACCGCUGCAUGGUGACCCAGGAGCUGUCCCACAGGAGGCAGCAGCAGUUCCACAGUUCACACCUACAGAGCCUGCAGCACAUCUUCCUGCUGACCAACGAGAUGGCCAGUCUGAAGGAGGAGAACAAGAGUCUGAGGGAAGAGGUGAAGCGACUUCGGGGCCUGGAAGACAGACCCACGGCCCUGAGCAGGGAGGGCCCCUCAGGCCCGCCCUCACCCCUGCCGCUGUCCUCGCUGGACGAUGGGAAGGCCAGCACUGAGCAGUCACCUCCAGGCCACCAGGAGCCCCAGGCCCAGAGUCCCAGUGCAGAGCCUCGGGGAGAAGAACAGCUGCUGGGGAGCCGGAUCUCGCCCCUCACCAAAAUCUCCCCUGGCGAGCCGAAGGCCCCGGACACAAGCCCCCAGUGCAUCUCCAACCAGCUGCAUGGGACCAUCGCGGUGGUCCGGCCCGGGACCCAGGUGUACCCCUCGGACCAGGGCACACUCAACGGGACGCCCCCUCCACCUGCCAGGAGCAACCCCCCCAGUCCCCCCUACGAGCCCAGCCUACCCCUGGACAGCCGCCUGCGGACCCCCCAAGCCUCCGUCACGGCCUUCGAAGCUCUGACCCCUGACCGCCUUGGCCUCCUGAGCCGCCAGCUGGUCCUGCACCCCUGCAACCCCCGCAGCAGCCCCCUGACCACCAAAGCCCCCAGUGGUCCUGGGCCACGGAGCCGGAAGGCCACAGAAGCCAAGGGCUGGGAGGAGCCCAGCAGCCUGCUGGGCCUGCCAGGGUCCCUGGUGGAUGGCCGGAGCCCACGGCUGGAGAGCACACUGCACCUGCUCCUGGCCCAGCAGCAGCUCCGAGCGUGGGCAAGCAGUGCCAGGCCACGGAGCACACCGCCCUCCCCACCCAUCGGCUCAGACUCCGAGGGCCCGGAGGAUGUGGAGGCAGGUGGGACCCCGCUGACCAGAGCAGCCCAGCACGGAGGACACUCCCUGCGGCCCCCGGCCCCCUGCAGCCCCCCGGGGACGGCAGCUGCACUGGAGCAUGCUCCCGACAAGGCCCUGGACCUCUCAGGGUGGGGCCGGGGCCGAGGCACCCCCGAGCCCGCCUGCUGCCCUGCCUCACUCUGCCCCUCAGGCACUCCCCACCCAGAGUCACCCCAGGAGACCGAGCCCCUAGCCCAGUCGGGAGCCCUGGCCUCCAGUCCCUGGGAACUCAGGAACGGCGUCAAGGGGGCCGGGGCACCAGAGCUGGAAGAGGCCCCUGCCCCUGUGGGCCGCCUCCCCUCUCCAGCAGGAACUGUGAAUGAGCCCAGAGGGAGGUCCCAGGCACCUGCUCACCUAAUGGGACCUGACACCUAUGGCCACCCAGGGUCCAGCAAGGAGGCACAGAGGUCUGAAUCCGGUGAAGAGGCCCAGCCAGAUACCUCAGACAACAAGAAGUCCCCGAGUGCGGAAGCCAGCGCCAAGCUCAGCUCGCCAGGCGAGGGAUCCCAGGGCUUCUGUGCCGAAGAGCAGGGUCAGGGUCUGCAGGGCAAGCGGAAGCGGACAUCCGACUCACUGGGCAAAGCCUCCAAGAAAUCAUCCCGAGGAAGAAGGAGACGGCGGGAGCCCCUGGCAGUGGCCGAAGGGCCAGGGAGCCCGCUGGACACUGAGGACAGCAGUCCCUCAGACUGGGAGAGCUAGGCAGCCUCUCCCCACCUGCCUAGCACCGGCACCAAGCCAGGCCAGCCACCACGCCUCGGUCGGCCAGGCACACAGGAGCCAGGCCAGGAAUGCAAAGCAGCCUUCGAGUGGGACUGUGGUCCAUCCGAGGACAGGGCUGCAAGGCCAUUCACCGCAGAAGUGCUCCUGACCCCGUUGCCGAGCCCUCUCCCUAAGUUUGCCCUUUGGGAGAAUGGGAGC